AUGAUAGAGGGGUUGAUUGGUUGCAGUGCAAAGUACGUGAAACGACGAAUGCUGAACAAUGGUGGAAUAGCCAGCGAAAAAGAAGCCGAGCUCGAAGAAAGAUUGAUGACCGGUCCGACAGCGAAAUGCAGAGAGCAGCUAGCUGCUGCUGCUGCUGCUGCUGCUGCUGAUGCUGCUGCUCGAUGGCCCCGAUGUCGAUGA